AAUUUAUAGUUAUCGACACUUCGAAUUUGUCGUAAUCUCUUUGAUGGAUGAAAUCAGCUGAUUUUGACAUUUGAUUAUAGCUUCGCAUUGAGUCAAAUAUAUUUAGGCAACGAUGGCCAAAUAUUUGGGACUAGACCGUCUUGGUAAAAUUUUCCAAAUAAUCCGCCAAUCUGGUGGUAUAAAAAAUGCCUAUAUGAAAAUGUACAGGUUUGAUGAUCUAAAAGUCGGUACACUCGUAGGGACAGACAAAUAUGGCAACAGGUAUUAUGAAAAUCCUUAUUACUUUUAUGGCCGCAAUCGUUGGGUGGAAUAUGCCGAUCACUUAAAUUUGGAAUAUGACGGUUCACAAAUACCCGCUGAUUGGUAUGGAUGGAUGCAUUACAAGACCGACUUACCGCCAAUACGCGAUGGUAGCCGUCCCAAAUAUAAGUGGAUGGCUGAUCACAGUGAAAAUUUGUCUGGCACUAAAGAACAAUAUAUGCCGUAUUCGACCACACCACCAAAAGUACAGGCAUGGGAUCCGAAAAAAUCUAAAUGAGUUGUUUUUGUAAUUUCAAAAAUGUUUAGUGAAUAUAAAAAAAUAAAAAUUAUUGUCAAUUUA